CACAUAAAUACACAUAAAUAUAUAUAACCACAAAAGGCAUUGGUAGACAGUACUGACCAUUAUUAGAAUGAUUGUCUAUUGAAAGUUUAUCUACGUUAUCGGAUUAUUUUGAGUUUAUUUUCAGAAAUGCAAACCCUAAUAGGAAAAAUUCAUACAAAUUGUAUAUAUAUCAUUCUGUUAAUAUUAUUAUAUGAUGUUCAAAAUGGGUUAACUCAACUAAAUCCAUAUUUUCAAUUCAUACCACAAAAUGAUAAUUUACAUACUAAAAUAUAUGAUUAUUCAAAAGGAUUUGAUGAAGAUCAUUUCACCUAUGAAUUACAAUAUCCGAUCCCAAUAUAUGAAACACUAAUUAAAAAAAUCACUAUCCGUAAAAAUGGUCUCCUAGCACUAGAUAGCAUUUCUGAUGAUAAUUUGCCAUCACAUUAUCCUGUCAAUACGAGUAUCACAAAUCAACGAUUACAAGAUUUUGAUGGACGAUAUUUAAGCAUUUUCAGUUCAGUGAAUGAUGGAAAAUGUGGAAGAAUUAGUGUCACGGAAAUCGAUUUACUAUCACCUUCAAAACUACCAUGUGUAGAGAGAAUGCAAAUAGAUCGUCUAAUAAAGUUUAUACAUUUAUCAUAUAUCGAAGAAUCUGAAUUAAAAGCUCAGUAUAUUGUACAUAUACUGUGGGAAAACAUGACAAACGCUUACCUCAUCAACCAGAAAGCUAAUACGUAUGGAAUGAUAAUAAUUUCUAAUGGAAUCCGUUCUUACGCUUUCAUGCAAUACAUAAAAAUUGAGUGGAAUGAAAAUGAUGUCGCAGAGAAUCUAGCUUUACCACCUGAAUCUGGUAUAUUUAUGAGACCUUUUGGAGGUUAUCAGUUGCCAAGAAGUUCUCAAGCUGUAGAACCAAAUAUAUGGUUAACUGAAACAAACAUAGCCCUACAUGGAGAAUGGCUUGUUCCUUUAUACAAAUCGGAAAAUAUAGCUAAAAUAAAUGUUAAGAAUUUAAGUGCAGUUGCCAGUGAAUUUGUUACAUCUUUGACAAGUGUUUGUGAGGGUUCACUUCAUUCACAUAAAUCAAAUAAUGAAACACCAUCUGAUACGGUCGUCAUUAAAAAUGUAAACAUUGACAAUACAUCAGAAGAGCCGAUUGCUAGAACACAGAGUUUUAAAAGAGCUUUGGAAAGUUUUGAUAAUUACGACCUUAACGUCUCAUCAAAUGACUAUAGUUAUGGAAUGACUGAAAAUGUACCGAAAGCUGCAUGGAAUAUCCUAAGAGAUGAAACUGAAUUCUCAGGUGUUGAUCCAAUUGAUGAAAAUGAAGUGAAUAUUCUACCAGAGAAUGAAACUGGGGAUAACUUUUAUCAUGAGAGUAAUCAAUUUGUUGUUGAUAAUAAAGAGUACACACCCACAGACAGAAUUACGACACAAACUUACUAUCCUUUGGGUCGGUAUGAUGGAGAUGAGGAAAGACAAGAGAUACAUGAACCUCUUAUUGUACCAGUCACUAUACACCCGUUGCGUGAUGACGAUGAUGGUGAAGAAGAUAUAACAGAUAAUAAGGGAGAAUACAAAUCCGUGAAUGAAACGUUUUCAAACAGUUUGGUGAAAUGUGAUGCUGUUAGUGAAUGUAAUAGUCAUAACACAGAAUGCUAUCGAGUUGACAACUCUGCCUGCUGUGUAUGCAGUGAUGGAUUUUACGGUGCAGGAGAUGCCAAGUGUUGGUCCGAAGUCAAUGAUCAUAAAUUUUCUUUUUCUGGUUCCCUAACCACACGCUUUGGUAUUGAGAAUACCAGUUCACCUCUGCUUAUCUAUCUGGAUAUUCAACAUGGUUCACUAAGACGCAGUUCUAGCGGAAUUCGUGGUGGCCGAACAAACGACAGAAUAUAUUCAACUAUGCGUUUAAUUACACCUGUAUUUCAUAUUUUAAAUUCAAUGGUUUCUAGUCCUUGUGAAAAUAUUCCAAAACGUGAACGUGUUUAUAAUCUUUUCACGUUAGGAAAUGGAUUACAACGUCCUUUCAAAGUGUUAUUCCAGUUUGAUAUUGAAAGAGUUGGGAAAUUUACAAUCCAAGCCGUACUUCAGCUACACGAUUUCACAACAGGAGCAUACGCCAGUGGUGUAAUACAGUUAGAGGCGUUCAGUACAGAAAGUUUAAACCUACUCGAUCAGUCUUAUAUAGAGGCUUACAGUGCUUCUGAUAAGCCAGAUAAAACGUAUUACGCUAAUUAUAAAAUUGAUGAUCAUGGCCGUGUUGUAUUUCCUGAGCAAACUGUUAAAUUUAUUGUUGAGCAUCGUGACUCAAAUGAAAUAAGUAAUUUUCCUGAAGAAAUUAAUGUACGCUGGUCUGCUGUUGCUGAGUCAGAAAGUUGCUUGCUCAAACAAGUCAGCUCUAUACCUAGGGAUAAAUCGUAUUAUAUUCGUCUCAAAGAUCGUGGUUACUGUAGUGAGGAUUGUUCAUCACCAGAUGGCACAUGUAAUUUGUUCUGUGUAGACGAACCUUUAUUAUUAGCUACAGAACCAAGUCCUUGUGACUGUGUAACGUGUGAUCGUCAUGGUGAAGUGUGUCGACCAGAGGGCGCGAGUUAUAGAUGUGAAUGUGGUCAGGGCUUGAAGUUAAUGCCUGACAAUACAUGUCAAGAAGCUACUUCAUUGGUGGAUGUAACCAACUAUCUCGGUGUACAGUGUGGUUCUGUCAAUUGUCAUACCCAUGCUCGUUGUAUUGAUCCAAAUCAAGCGUUUUGUCAAUGCUUACCUGGCUACAGAGGAGAUGGUGUUAGUCAUUGUGAAAGUGAUCCAUGUUCUAAAUGUCGUCGUAAUGAGAUUUGUGAAAAUGGUGUAUGUAUAGCAAGUGGUGUUGAUCUAUGUGAAGGGAUUCAGUGUGGAGAACAAGCGUUCUGUCAAGAUGGUGCUUGCGUUUGUACACCAGGUUAUACUGGCGACCCAGUUGUCAAAUGUUAUGAAGAAAGAGAGUUAUGCGCUGGUGUUCAAUGUCAUCGUUUUGGUCAAUGUUAUGAAAAUCGUUGCUACUGCAGUCAUGGAUACGUUGGGGAUGGGGUUAACUUUUGUGAUGCACAUGCAAACGAUCCAUGUGAUGGCGUUCGUUGUGCUGCUAAUGGACGUUGCCAAGAUGGUCGAUGCGUAUGUGAUCCUGGUUAUACAGGAGAUGGUUACAAUGAAUGUCGAGAAGCCGAGGGUGUGAAAUUGUGUGGUAAUGUACAAUGUCAUCAAUAUGCUACAUGUGAUAGAGGACAGUGUCGUUGUGUUACUGGUUAUGAUGGUGAUGGUUAUUCAGAUUGCCGACCAGUUACAGAAGAUCUAUGUCGGGCAGAACAAUGCCAUCAGUUCGCUAGAUGUGUUGAAGGUCAGUGCCGCUGUUUGGAUGGAUACGAAGGAGAUGGCUAUCAGAUGUGUAAUAUAAUACCUGGAGCAACUUCAGCAGAUUGUGGUAAUUGCAAUGGUAUACCUUUCAAAGAAAUAGCUCAGUGUGUUGGUGGGCGAUGUGUUUGUGCUCGUGGAUUUAUUGAAGUUCAGGCAGGUGUCUGUAUGGAAUGUGUGCAAGACAAUUGUCAUCAGGAUGCCGCCUGUCGACCGGAUGACAGGUUUAAUGGCGCCUAUUCAUGUCAUUGUAAAGCUGGUUUUACUGGAGAUGGAGUAUCUGUUUGCAAGCCUGAAAGUGUAGGUAGAGAAGAUACCACAUCAUCACACGCCUUUGAUCCUACGUGCGGUGGAGGCUGUAGGAUACGAAAUGCGGAAUGUGAUCGAUAUACUGGAACAUGUAAAUGUCGAUCAGGUUAUGAUGGAGAUGGAGAGAGGGGUUGCUACUGGAAUUGUAAGCUGUGUCAUCCGAGUGCUAUUUGUGAUCGUGAAAACGAAAGAUGCAUUUGUCCAUCUGGUUAUCGUGGAGAUGGACAAACAUUUUGUGAACAAAUUCCAGUUAGGCAAGAUUCUUUAAAAGUUCGAAUAAUGGGAGAAGGAGAAGUAAUGAAUAUUACAGAUAUAUCUCAUCCGCUUGAAUUAAGAUGUUUCGUAACUGGAAGCGAUCAAUCAUAUUCCGGCCAGUGGAUUCAACCACAUUCCGCUCAAGAACCAAUAGUGACUAAAACUAGACAACAAGAUGGCUAUGAAAUUUCCCUGCGUAUAAAUCAACCUACAAUAACUGAUAGUGGAAGGUAUGAGUGCCGUGCAGGGAAUGUUGCUGCUUUCAUAGAUGUAAAUGUGGAAGAAUCAGCAAUUCCAUUCACUGUACUACUUACAAGUGAUGAUGGGAUUUUAAUGACACAAUCUACCGAUUCAAAUGUAACCAAAGCUACUCUAUGGAAUAUUGCUGAAAAUAACAAAUAUGGACGUGUCUCCAUGGUCGGUGAUUGUAAUAGUCAACGAAUUAUAUAUACAUCUGAUUAUGGUCAUACUAUCCGAUGGGGUAAUUCAAACUCUGGACAAAAUAAAUUGGUGACAAAAGAAAUAUACACUUCACAAUUUAACCGAUUUCGCAAUUUGGCGGUAGAUUCAUUGUCUGGAAAUGUGUUUGCCUGGGAAGAGGCCUUUGGAAAAAUUAUGGUAUUCAAUCCAAAUAAACCAAAUAUUCAUUAUACACUUGAAAGUUUACAUAGCCUAACUUCAUCUGAACAACAGAAUUUCGCUGGGCUAGCUUUGCACUCCACAUUAGGUCUAAUGUACUGGGCAAUAUACACAGACGGUUGGAGACCGAAUGGUACAAUUCAAGUGGCUUCAAUGUCUGGUGAAAAUGAGGAGCAAUUAUUACAACUAACUGGUGAACCAUUGGCAAUUAGUAUAUCACCAGCAACGCCAGUUAAUGGUAAUUCCGCUGGAAAAUUAUGCUGGAUGCAAAGAUCUUCUAAAGGAAUGUUUGGAUUAGUCACUGAACUACAUUGUGCACGAUUAGGUCAAACAGGUAGAGAGAUAUUAACCAAUGAAAAGAUUAGAGAAUUCAGUCCUUCUGAAGAACCAUCUUUUGGUAUGACACAAUAUAAAGGAACAUUAUUGUGGACAGAUGCUUCAAAGUAAUCAAUUUUUGAAAUAAGCUUUUAUAAUAAGUGAAGUGAAGUAAAUUUCUUUUAAGAAUACUAUUUAUCAAUUAAGGAAUUUCACAAAAUUUCAUUCCAUAGGCUAAAUUUAAUUAGUUACAACAUUAUCUACAAAUUUCCAUAAAGGCUAUUGUUUUAAUAAGACUAUUUCAUUCUAAUAUCGUUAACUUUUUUAACACUGAACGUUUCAGUUUUUAGGUUCUUAUAAGUUCACUCUAAUAUGCAAUAAGAAAUGAACAAUUAACAAAUAAAUAAUCAUUUUGAAAUUGAUGACAGAAUUAGUUCAAUCUAACUGAUCCAUCAUGAAAUAACUUCUUUCUAAUGCUAGUUAGUGGUUAGACGCUAGGUUAGACUGAUAGGUUCUGGGUUCGAAUCCCGCGGGGUGGGAUUGUGGGUGCACACUGCUGAGGGGUCCCAAAAUAGGAUCAAAUGGCAGUUAAAUGGAUUGUUUUUGAAUUAUUUUUUAGGGAUUGUUUAAUUUUAUCAUCAGUACGUCUGUCAGUCAGCUACAACGUAGGAUUAGGCAUAUAUAUGCUUCGGUCCAAGUUGCCACACCUCAUUAGCACAACAAGGCGGACACCGAAUUCAUAGAAGUAGUCACUUCAAUGUUAGUAAUGUGUUAAAGAAAGAUUGUGUAUACGGAUAUAGUACAGGAAGAAAGAAUUAGCUUGUUAUUAAUGACUAUAUAAUUUUCUUCAACUCAUAAAUUUACUGCAUUCCAAAUGCACUACAAUUCAGUUCAUAUAUCAACAUCUCCGUUUACAUCCUUCUGAGUCGGAAUAAAGAACAUAUUUAAGAAUGUGUUUUUAUAGACAAUUUUUUGAUUGACUCUUAAUAUCUAUUAAUCAAUAAAAGCUAGAAUUCUCCACUGGUAAUUGCUUUUCCUGAAUUCAUUUUCGGACUUCAAAAGCUGUAAAUUUCAAGUUUAUAUCCCGAGUAAUCCUAAUUUCCUUAUUGAUUCACAUCAGAAUGUGUUCAAAAUUCCAACUUUCUAAAGAAAUACUGUUUCACCACAUUUUUUUCUUUUCGCUAUUGAAAUGAAUAUGCAGAUAAAAAUCACACUCCGAUAAUAACUCUAAAACUUACACCGAUAGAUUUCUGGCUGUUUUUGGUCACUAAGUAUGGUUCUCAUCCUAACGGUGGCCUAACUAUUUUAUUGCAACGUUACUUAUAACAUUCUGUCGGAACAAGUAAUAAAUUUAAAGAUCUUGUAAUCUCCCUGAAAUAUAUGAAAAUCGAAAGUAUGCUCUGUUAGAAAAUCCUAUCAUACGGAUACAGGUUUAUAGUCUCUGUCGGGUAAGUCCUACUCACUCCUAUCAUGUGGCGGUGCUUUUAACAUUUUGAAAGGUUGAAAAGUGGACGAUCGAAUCCUAAACUGAGCUGAUGGAUGCAAGGAGUUCAUCUAUGGGAGUUUGAUAGUUAUAUAUUGUCCAAUAGUCCUCAGUUCGUAAAUGGUUAGUUUUCCACAAGUUGCCGCCAAACAUGAAGUCUGAUGUAAAUUUUCUGAAGCUACGUGUGCCAUUUAAUUUCGCCUCAUGUGACAUGAAGGAGUAAGAUUUCUUAGUGCAUAACCAUUCUCCGGCUAAGUUCAUAGAGACCACGAAACUAAGUGGCUUUAAACUUUAUCGUAUAUGGUUCAGAACAGAAACUAUACGUUAUCCUGUUGGAUUUUUCUGUGGUGUUUUUCGAAAAAUUUCUAUUCAAUUCCUUGACGUUUUGGAAACUAUUCUAGGUUAUAUUUUGAGGUAAAAUAAAGCUCUAAUUCAAUACCGCCAUUUCUAUUUGUUUCUAGAUUGCAAGGCUCUUCCUCCUCCAUCUGUACUAUAUUACCACUUCAUUUAUGUAACGAAUAGUUUUGCCUUAUUUUACCAAAAUGUAUGAAACCAGAGAAUUUCUGAUACACAAGAGAAAAUAUAGAAUAAGUACAAAAAAUAGCUAACUGUGAUGUUGGGUCUCUUAGCUAAGUAAUUGGUCCCCUUAUCUUCUUUGAUCAAUAUCCUUCAAACUGAUAUUAAAAUAAUGAAAAAGAAACGGUUUAUUUAUAGACUGACAUUUCUACACGUAUUGUUUUUGAUCCUUGUUUCAAUGAUUCUAACGUUACAAACGUCUGAUCGAUUUCAUUUAAAAAAGAAGUUUACGAUCAAAAUAUUAACAGUUAAUGUAUUAACUUACAAUAAACUAUUUGAUAGAUUACUAAAAUUAUUCUAAAUAUUUACAUUUCUCCUUAAAUUUAGGACAGUCUAUUACUCUAUCAAUCCUGAUCGCCGAAUACGUGUCCGUUAUGUCUGUUGUUCUAAUCGUUUCCAAGCUUUAUCAGUAUUAGGUGAUUGUCCACAAGGUAAUUUCAGAUCUUUUGAAUUUAUUCUACAUAAUUCAAUAGUAAAUUCCUAACAAAUAAACAUUUCUUAGGAUCAUUGUUUUAAAACAAAUUUGACCAUGCCAUUGACAAUUGAUUUUGCAUUCUGGGUAAUACAUGUAAUUUUAAUAAAAUGAACAAGAAGCAGUUUUCUGCACCCAGAUUAUUGUUAACUGAUUAUGUUAGAACUCAUCUAUUGACAGAUUUUUUUGUGAGCAAUAGGUUACAGAAAUAUAAUCACCCUGAUCGAAUUCACCCUUAUUUAGAAUAGAAUGAGAGAACCUGUUUGAACAAUUAGACUGAAAAAGGGAAGUUAGCUACAUACCUUUUAUCCACAUAGCAGCCAAUCGCAACACUUGGUGAAUAAAUUGAAUUUGAAAUCUUAUCAGAAGCUGAAUCUCAUAGUUUCAUAUUUAGAGCAAUGCAUUAGUUACCUGGAGACAUACGGUUUGUUUUUCUAUUGACAAAUCACAUUUUAUUUCAACUUACAUCAUCCUUUUCGUAAAUAAGGUGGUAAUUUACUACUGUCGUUGUAGAAUAUCCAUAGUCUCCUCUAAAAUGUUUUACACAGAUCUAAUUUACAUACCAAAUAGCAUGAUUAUUUUAAAAGUUCACUUUUUUAUUCACAACUAGAAUUAACUGAGGUCAAAUUUUUCAUAAACGACCAUAUAUCCAUCAAAAAUCAAAUUACUAUGCAGUUUCAUGCCUAAUGAUCUUGAGAGCAUGAUAAAACGGGAAAGUAUCAGGACUUCAAUCCGGAUGAAGAUAAUGAGUAGAUAGAUCUACGCGGCUAUGACUGAUUCUGAAACAUGUUACCUAACGUAUGCAACCAUUGAUAGUGGUUAUCAAGCGGACCUUAACCGGAUAGUUAACAUCUAACAAUUCCUAACACCAUUAAUCGCCUUUUGUUUUGAACGCUCCUAACUUUUUCCAACCUACCUCUGCACUUGCAAGCUUCACUCACUUAAAUCAGCUAUGGUUGAUGAUACAUAACACAUUGCAAAACCACCUUAGUCUGUGAAAAUUUUAUUAUCUCAUCAACCGACUUGUUACUCCUACUAAUUACCUUAUGUCUAAGCUCACAACUGCUCACUCGGUUAUUUCACAAAACGCGAGCACUGCUUUGAAGACAAAUAUGAUCAAAAACCUUUAGCCCACGAAUAUCUUCUACUUUGAUAGACUAUGGUUCACGGAUAUAAAGUAGUACAAAACGGAUUGCUGUGGAAUAUACACGUCCCUUGGUUGUCAGACGAACAUUUCGUCCAAGCCACAAGCGACGCACGUUGUCAAGAGCCAACCGAGGUUUCGUCAGACACCAAACCACCAGGGCUGAUGAGGCUUCCAAGAUAAAUAAAGUGGUCAAAAGAAUAAAACUACUUCACUCCAUAUCAUCAGUUCAGGCGUUAAUGCAAACCAGUCCUGAAGCAGCACUUCGCGUACGAAACAUACUAACAUUUUUGCUGAGAACGAUUAAGGGAUUCUGCAGUUUGUCAUUGUUUUCACUCAGUAACAAUAUGUAAUCUAAUUAUUCUAAAUCGACAGGCGAACUUCCAUGUAGGGGGUUGACCCCUGAGAAGUUGGUCGAAGAAACAUUUUAUUUCCGAAAGGAUAUUGAUGAUAAAAUUGAAUAAAGAUGAGCAGCUCCAAUUAAUGACAAUUGAGGUUAACAAUUUCGCUGACGGUUCCUGACUCAACCAAUAGUCCCUAAUUAGAGAGCCUUCGGAGUGUUUAUUUACUCAUUUGGUAAGUCAUUCAAGAGCAAACUGCCACAGAAUCUUCUGAUCAGCAGCUAUAAUCAUUUUUCUAUAAAAUAUUUUCUCCGAAAGUAAGUAGAAUUUUUAAUAAACGAAAAUACAUAGUAUAUUUUCCAUUAUAAUAUUGUUGCAUUUCAUCAGUUCGACUAAUGAAUGGAACUAAUAUUAGUGUAGUCAAUGAUUAUGGUUCUAGUUGUACAACAAUUGACCAGAUAUUUUCAAAGUGAAUGUAUACGUAACCAAGGCAAUAUGUGCUUAAUAACAUGCAUAGUAUGUACAAACUUGUCUUAUUUAUAAUUAUUCAUUAUUUUGAUUGAUGGAUUCAUCAUCACUAUGAUGACGAUAAAUAUUUUCAUUUACAUACCCCCCAACCAUUUAAACUAAUCAAAACAAUUAAUUAUAAUAUUUUUAUCGAUAUUAAUUACCUAUUUAGCUUCAACUAAUCCAUGCACUUAUUCUAAUGGACGAUGUCGUUAUAUAUGUUUACCAAAUGACGGUGGUAGAUCACGUACAUGUGUAUGUCCUGAUAAUGAACCUGGAUGUCAUAAAGAAAUGUGAAAUGUAUCAGUUAUAAUUUAAUGAAAUGAUAAAUUCAUUUUAUCCCAGUUCAUAUUUUUCAACUUUACAUUAACUUAAUUAUUUAUAUUACUGAUUUGUUAAAAAAAAAGAAAAAAUUAAAAUUGAAUUCUCGAAUUUUCCUUCAAAAAAAAGGUGUUUAUUUAGGAAAGCUUUAUUCUUGAAAUGUCAAUCUUUUUUCUAUUGUAUUACAUUUAAUUAUACUUGCAUGUUGUAUUUUAUUUUACUUAUCUAUGUGAAUUUGAAGAGUUACAAUUGAAAUAGGUUAUAUAUUAUCUAAUUAAUCUCAUUCGUCAACCUAAAAAUUGAUACACAUGAACUGAAUACUUCUCAUAGAAUUAGUUUGUUUUUGUUGUUGUGUGUGUAAUAUUUAAACUUUGAUGUUACUAUAUCCCAAUAAAUUAUAUUCAAUACUG